AUGGCGACCACGGUGUUGAUUAGCCGCUCUGCGAGUGUCCUUCCAAGGAUUUCGAGCAGCUGCUCCCCUGCGGGGUUAGCAGCAGCUUCUGUCACCCCCGUCCAGCAGAGGAAGGUCCAUCAUGCUGUCAUCCCCAGAGGGAAGGGAGGACGCUCCUCAUCCAGCGGAAUAUCUGCUGCUGUCUUCGGAGCUACGGGUUUCCUAGGUCGAUAUGUGGUCAACCGGCUGGGUCGUAUGGGCUCUCAGAUCAUCAUCCCUCACCGCUGUGACCAGUAUGACCUCAUGCACUUUCGUCCAAUGGGGGAUCUGGGACAAAUCAUUUUCCUGGAAUGGGAUUCUAAGGACAAAGACUCCAUCAAGCGAGCAUUGGAACACUCCAAUGUUGUCAUUAAUCUGGUGGGCAGAGAAUGGGAGACCAGAAACUUCCGCUUUGAAGACGUCUUCGUGACCAUCCCGCAGCAGCUGGCCAAAGCCGCUAAAGAGGCCGGGAUCAGCAAGUUCAUCCACAUGUCGCACCUCAACGCUGACAUCCGCAGCCCGUCCAAAUACCUGAGGAACAAGGCUGUUGGAGAGAAAGUGGUGAGGGAGGAGUUUCCUGAAGCCGUCAUCAUGAAGCCGUCUGAAAUGUUUGGAAGAGAGGAUCGGUUCUUCAACUACUUUGCAAACAUGCGCUGGUUUGGCAGUGCUAUUCCUUUAAUGGCGAUGGGGAAGAAGACAGUAAAGCAGCCUGUUUAUGUGAGUGACGUGGCGAAGGCCAUUAUUAACGCCAUCAAAGACCCUGACGCUAAUGGGAAGACGUACGCGCUCGUUGGUCCAAACCGGUACCUCCUCCAUGACCUGGUGGAGUACAUCUACGCCGUGGCACACAGGCCUUUCGUGCCCUACCCUUUGCCCCGCCCACUCUACCAUCUGGCUGCACAGUUUUUCUCCUUGAAUCCGUUUGAGCCCUGGACCACCCCCGAUAAAGUGGACAGGUUUCACACCACCGACAUGAAGUACCCCGGACUUCCCGGUCUGGAGGAUUUGGGCAUCAGCGCUAAUUCCGUAGAGCAAAAGGCCAUCGAGAUCCUGCGCCGGCAUCGCAGAUUCCGUUACCUGGAAGCAGAGCUGGACGAGGCGAAGCCGGCCAAGACCGUCAAUUAUUAAACCACAAUCUAGGAAGUCUCCUUUUGUGCUUCUCUAACUGUAUUCUGUACAUAAAUAAAGAAUUAUCCACAAGUUUGUUUGAACCAGUAAA